AUGUCUGAAGAUACUGAAGUUCAAUACGUGGAUCCUAGUGUGAAUCGUGUGCCAAAUUACGAGGCAUCCGAUCAUGCUUUUGUCCUUGGACAAGGGAAUCUCUCUCAUCUACAUGAAGCCUCAAGGGAUGCUUUGUUGAAACUGAUCAGAGAAGAUCAUAUGGCUCCAUAUUAUAAACAUGUGUGCGAAGAGUUACCCUCGGGAGCCAUUGAGUGGGAUCAAUCCUUUUACGAUUCGUUAGUGGCGAAGAACGAAGAAGAGAUUAAGAAGUUAAAGGAUCAUUUAACUGAAAUUGAAGAGAAAGACGAAGGUGAGUUGGAGAAGGCUCAAUCCUGGAUCAAUUUAGGUGAGUAUUAUGCAAAGAUUGGUGAUAAAGACAACGCCGAGGAAACGUUGACCAAGGCCUUGGAUAAAGCUGUGUCUACUGGUGCCAAGAUCGAUAUCAUGUUAACUAUAACCAGACUUGGAUUCUUCUACAACGAUCAGCAUUACGUGAAGCAGAAGCUAGAAGGAGUCAAUGCGAUGAUUGAGAAAGGUGGUGAUUGGGAAAGAAGAAAUAGAUACAAGACUUAUAAGGGGAUCCAUUCGAUGGCCAUCAGAGAUUUCAAGACCGCUGCGUCCUUACUAGUCGAAUCGUUAGCCACUUUCACUUCUACCGAGCUUACCUCGUAUGAGAACAUCGCUACCUACGCGUUCGUUACUGGGUUAUUUGCAUUUGAAAGGACUGAUUUGAAGGAAAAGAUUAUCGAUUCGCCUGACUUGCUAGCGUUGAUGACAACGACGCCAGCGUUACAAUCCAUAUCCUCCCUUUCCAUUUCACUUUACACUUCCGAAUAUAAAAGUUAUUUCCCAUAUUUGUUAGAGACCUACGACAAAGUGCUAUUGCCCUCCAAAUAUUUGAACCAACACGCCGAUUAUUUUGUAAGGGAAAUGAGAAGAAUGGUUUACGCUCAACUAUUGGAAUCUUACAAGACGCUCUCGAUAAAAUCGAUGGCUGGUGCAUUCGGCGUCUCUGAAGAUUUCUUAGACAAAGAUCUAAGCAAAUUCAUACCAACGAAACAACUCAACUGUGUCAUCGACCGUGUCAACGGUAUAGUAGAGACAAAUCGGCCAGAUAACAAGAACGCUCAAUACCAACUUCUCGUAAAACAGGGUGAUGGAUUGAUUACAAAACUACAAAAGUAUGGUGCGGCUGUUAAGCUUACAGGCACCGAUCGUAUAAUAUAG